UUUCUUGUCUCAUUCAUUUAUUUUCAAAAAUUUAAUCAUUUCUCUCUACAUUUUGAGAUCUAUUUUUGAUGUAAUCAUGGGCGAAAGGAACUUUCGCAAAUUGGGUCUGGGUGUGAUCCUGACGGCCCUGAUCCUCUACACUGUGCUCUUUAUGGACACACAGAUAUACGAGGCUGGCGGAAAGAUACACAAUGCAUUCUUCGUGAACACAGAUGGAUGUCGUAUUAUAGCCAUGGAUGUGAUGAACCCUACAAUCGCCAAAUACACCGAUUGGGAGUGGAAGGACAAGCGAUUCUACCUGGAUUGCCCAUAUCAGACUUGGUUUCGAACAGAGGUGGCCAACGGGGAGUGGUACCUGAAGUUGAUCCGCGACAUCGAUAAGAUUCUGGAGGAAAACGAUCUAACUCACGACUGGCAGAUAAAGUGCUUUUGGUUCCAUAUGGACGUAGUGUCACGUUGGAAGGCCAGGCUUUCACAUCGAACUCAGUUCCCGCUGGAGUUUCCAUAUGCCCUGAAAGUUCCCAAAGGUGUGAGGCAUUUGCGAGUCAGGUGCAUUAAUACUUUUACAAACAAAUCAUUGUAUGAGGAUGCUCAUUUCUUCAUUCAACCGCCACCCGAAAAGUUGCUUAAGAAAGCUCCACCGACUUUAAAGUACUGGAAUGAGGAGAAGUAUUCAAAUAAGGAGACACCACCCACUUCCGUGAUGAUCUUGGGCCUGGAUUCCGUAUCGCACCUCAAUUUGCUUCGCCAAAUGCCAAAGACGGUGCGAUAUAUGCACCAGAAUAUGUCGCAUGUGGAGUUUUGGGGCUUCAACAAGAUCGGUACCAAUACCUUUCCGAAUUUGAUAGCUUUACUCACGGGUCUCAGUGCCGCAGAGUCGCAGGAGUUUUGGCUCAGACAGAAUUAUAUGGAUAAUUUACCACUGAUUUGGAAGGAGUACAAGAAGGCCGGCUAUAAUACCAGUUUUGCCGAGGAUAUGGCCAUAUAUUCGAUGUUUUAUUAUGGCAAGCCAGGCUUUAAGCGCCCCACCACGGAUAACAAUUUGCACGAGUUCAUGGUGGAUAUGUAUAUCCUAAGGCAGUCCAGUUCGGUGGCAGACACCCAUUGCGUUGGAGAAAGGACCUUCAUGGAUGUCCUUUUGGAGAUGAACGACCGUCUGCUGCCCCACAAACAGCGCUAUCCCUUCUUCUCAUUCUACUGGUGGGCCAAUGGCUUUCAUGAGUUCUUCAAUUCUCCCCGUCUUGCGGAUGGAAGAUUUGAGAGGCUAUUGAGGAGCCUCGAUGACGCCGGUAUUACCAAUAACACCAUCAUACUGUUCAUGUCGGAUCAUGGCUUGCGAUGGGGUCGUUUUCGCAGAAGCUUUCAGGGAAUGAUUGAAGACUGCCAGCCCUUUUUGUCUGUUCUUUAUCCCGAUUGGAUGAGGAAGAAGUACCCCACGGCCAUUAGGAACCUAGCUGGCAAUGCCCACAGUCUGAUAACCACCUAUGAUCUUCACGCGACCUUGAAACAUAUCUUGGAUCUGAAAUCUCUGAAUGACAAGCCCAUUGCCCAGAAGACUGAGGAAUUGUGGAAACUCAAGGGUUCGGAAACCCCAAGGGCCGUCAGCCUUUUUCUUCCCAUUCCACCCUGGAGGACCUGUAACACUUCGCAUAUACCCAGUGAAUUCUGUCUGUGUCACAAGCAAGUUUCCAUUCCCGAGAGUAAUCGAGUUGUAAAAAAAGCCGCCAGCAUUAUCAUUGAUUAUGUCAACCAGUUGAUGGCGGAGUAUCCCGUUUGUAUUCCCCUGGAAUUGGAUUCAAUUGAAAGUGCCUAUUUCGCUGCUCCCCAGAGGGAUAAUGAAUACUACAUCGAGAAGGGACACAAGAACUCUUAUCCCGAGCAAGGUCCCUAUUGGGAGAAGAGAAAAUAUGAGGACAGGGACAUCGUGGUGCGAUUGAAGACCAAGCCGGGAAAGGCCUAUUUCGAGGGAAUCACCCGCAGGCAGGGCAAAAAACUUUUCCUCGUGGGGGAAGUGGUUCGAGUUGGCGAUGAUGGCAACAAGAACAACGACUGCAUCGAGAAUCCCUUACUGGAACCAUUUUGCCACUGUGCAAUAUAGGUUUUUCAAUUUAUUUUAACGAAGAAAAAACAUGAAUA